CCAAUCCUCACUUCCUCCAUAACUUCAAGAGUCUCCUCUUCUGGUUUUCUCAUCGUAGCUUCUUUGGUUAAUUAGCGUUUAUUCAUCUCUUGAAUUACUCUCAUCAGAAUGGCCAAGAAUGUAUCUCAGUCGCCUCUUGAGAAAAAUAGCUUGUCUUCAAUAGACCAAAAGCUGGCCAUGGCAAAGCGUUGCUCUCAUGAAGGUGUAGUUGCAGGAGCUAAAGCAGCUGUUGUUGCUACCAUUGCCACUGCCAUUCCAACUCUGGCUAGUGCAAGAAUGCUGCCUUGGGCAAAAGCCAAUCUCAAUCACAGUGCUCAAGCUCUCAUAAUCUCUACAGUUGCUGGAGCGGCAUAUUUUAUAGUUGCUGACAAGACUGUCCUGGCUACAGCACGAAGGAACUCCUUCAACAAGAACUCUAACACUGAGGCAUGACUUCAUCGAUGUGGACUUCAAUUCACGCCGUAUUUUAUGUAAUAGUCUUUAGAAGCAGUUGUGUAAAUUAAUCCAUCAUCAAUUAACGUAUAAAUAAAAAAGGGCUUGUCAUUUCAAGAGCA